AUGAACAAGACCAAGCCCGAUGAAGAGUCCCCCUCCUUGCCGAUGCAGGUCGGUGAGGUCCGGGAGGAUCCUACCUAUGCCCACGAUGCCGUCUUCGGAGAAAUCACGGAGGAUGGCCCCAAUUAUCGCAAUGUCGGAUGGUUGGGAACGGUGGCUCUCAUGAUGAAAACGCAGAUUGGCUUAGGCGUGCUCUCGAUUCCUAGCGCCUUCGACACCUUGGGGAUUGUGCCCGGAAUCAUCACGCUCUGUGGUGUUGCGAUAACCACGACCUGGUCGGACUAUAUCAUUGGUGUUUUCAAGCUUCAGCACCGCGAGGUCUACGGGAUCGAUGACGCCGGUGGCCUGAUGUUUGGCCAGAUCGGCCGAGUGGUCUUUGGCGUUGCCUUCUGUCUGUAUUGGACAUUCGUGGCUGCAUCGGGUAUUCUGAGUGCUUCCAUUGGACUGAACGCCGUCUCGACCCACGGAGCUUGCACCGCCAUCUUCACUGCCAUCGUCGCCAUCGUGGGCUUUGGGUUUGGGAGUAUCCGGACGCUUGGCCGCCUGUCAUGGCUGGCCUGGAUCGGACUCAUAUGCAUCCUAACAUCCAUAAUCAUCCUCACUAUCUCGGUGGGUGUUCAAGAUCGCCCGUCAGCGGCUCCCAAGGACGUCCCCUGGGUAUCGGACUAUAAGAUUAUCGGCGACGGAAACUUUGUAGAAACGAUCUCGGCCGUCUGUCGACUGGUCUUCGCCUUCACCGGCACUCCUGCCUUCUUCCCCAUCAUCUCCGAGAUGCGUGAUCCGCGGUACUAUACUCGUGCCCUGCUGAUCUGCCAAGGGACCGUGGUAGCCGUCUACAUUACCAUCGGCUGCGUCGUAUAUUGCUAUUGCGGAUCUUAUCUCGCCUCGCCCGCCCUGGGAUCGGCCGGGGUGCUGAUGAAGAAGGUUUGCUACGGGUUCGCGUUGCCCGGUCUGCUUGUGACCACGAUGCUGGUGGUUCAUGUUAGUCUUGUCCCUCUUGACCCCCAACGGAGAUGACCUGGAUGCUUACGGCACCUUAGCUUCCCGGAAAAUAUAUCUUCGUGACCAUCCUGCGUGGUUCGCGGCACCUCACGGCCAACACUGUGACCCACUGGGGCACCUGGUUGACAUGCACGUUUGGCAUCACCGUGGCCGCCUAUGUCAUCGCCAGCGCCAUUCCAGUCUUUGACGACCUCGUGGCACUCGUCGGUGCAUUACUCGGAACCCUGAUGGCUUUCCAGCCCAUGGGCUGCAUGUGGCUCUACGACAACUGGGGCAAAUUCCGAGCCAGCAGAACUCCGAAUCUUACGCUUAUGGUGUGCUGGAGCGUUUUUGUAGUAUUACUGGGCUCAUUCCUUACUGUGUGUGGCACGUAUGCGUCUAUUGUCACCAUUAUCAACAGUUAUAACGCCGCCGGGGGAUCGAGCGUUUGGUCUUGCGCUGACAACUCCAAUUCUGUUUAAUCUCUCGUAUUUCGAAGUUAUAGCUAUUAGGACUCCAAUUCCACAGAUGUAUAGAAGCCGGUCUUUAACCUCACACACGCCAAAAGCGAUUCAUGGU